AUGCUGAGGACACAGCUCGCGGCUUCAAGGAUCACUUCCCGCCGACUCUACAGCUCUAGAGCGGCUCAAUCGUUACAUCACACCAGUACACGGACUUUGGUCAGGAACGCCUCCCGCAAUGCACAGUCAACGCUCUUUCAGACGGCUAAAGGUUGCUGGGUUGUCCGCAGAGGGUAUGCAGAGGGCGUGUAUUCGCGUGCCAAACCCCAUCUGAAUAUCGGCACCAUUGGUCACGUCGACCACGGCAAGACUACCUUGACGGCUGCCAUCACCAAGGUGCUCGCGGCGCGUGGUGGGGCUCAGUUUACCGACUACGCGCAAAUCGAUAAGGCUCCAGAAGAGAAAGCUCGUGGUAUCACCAUCAACUCGUCUCACAUAGAGUACGAGAGCGAUAAACGACACUAUGGCCAUAUUGACUGUCCUGGUCAUGCUGACUAUAUUAAAAAUAUGAUCACUGGGGCCGCCCAGAUGGACGGGGCCAUCAUUGUGGUUUCUGCAACUGACGGUCAGAUGCCUCAGACACGGGAGCAUCUUUUGUUGGCUCGUCAAGUCGGAGUCAAGAAGCUGGUAGUAUUUAUCAACAAAGUUGAUCAGAUCUCUGACCCCGAAAUGCUGGAGCUCGUCGAUAUGGAAAUGCGUGAUCUCUUGACAACCUACAAUUUUGACGGAGAGAAUACUCCUAUUAUUAUGGGCUCUGCUCUCGCAGCUUUGGAAGGACGAGACAAGGAGACUGGCGCGGACAAGGUCCUGGAGUUGAUUAAAGCCUGUGAUGAGUGGCUCGAGAUCCCUCCACGUGACCUCGAGAAGCCUUUCCUUCUGCCGAUAGAGGAUGUUUUCUCCAUUGCUGGUCGUGGUACAGUGGCUACAGGUCGAGUCGAGCGCGGUAUUUGUCACAAGGGUGAUGAAGUCGAGAUUGUUGGAUUGGGCGAUCACUUUAAGACAACAUUGACUGGCAUCGAGUCAUUCCACAAGGAGCUCGACCGGGGCGAAGCAGGUGACAACAUGGGCGCGUUGCUCCGUGGAAUCAAGCGUGAGCAGAUCAAGCGCGGCCAGGUUAUCGUUGCCCCAAAUUCCAUCAAGUCCGUGAAGAAAUUCCAGUCUCAGAUCUAUGUAUUGACAAAGGAUGAAGGCGGACGUUAUACCCCGUUCAUGGAGAACUACCGGCCCCAGUUGUUCUUGCGAACAGCUGAUGUCAACAUAGGCCUCCACUGGCCUGAGGGUACAGCUGAUGCGGCCGAGAAAAUGGUUAUGCCUGGUGAUAAUGUCGAAAUGGUCUGUCAACUGGUGCACGAUGUCGCGGCUGAGGUUGGGACUCGUUUCACGCUUCGUGAGGGCGGCAAGACGAUCGGCACCGGUAUUGUCACGAAGGUCCUCGAGUAUGCUUGA